UGUAGUGACGCUGUUUAUUUGUGAAGAUACUGAUGAAUGAGAACAUGGUGCAUCCCUAAAAACUUUCAGCUUUGGCUUUAUUAUCUUAGCAAUAUGCACAAAGCAAAUCCAAAUCACUAUUUUAAAAACCUUUCCAUGAAUUUUGUGCCAUCUGGCUGUCUGUAUGGUCCCGCAUGGACGGAUCAGAGAGAUACCUGUACAGUCGUACCUUUCGUCAAGAGUCGCCUCGAAGUUAUGUGUGUGUGUGUGUGUGAGUGUGUGUGGGGUGUGUGUGUUUACCAUUUUAAAAACAUUGGCCUUUCUCCUGUUCAGAAUAAACCGGUUAGUCGACCUGAGUCAAAGUGAAACGCAGCAGCUCCAUGUUGUGACGAGGGGAAAAUAAAAUCUUUCAGGAGUUAAAACACGAACGAUGGCGAGUCAAAUAUCACCAAAACCCGGUGUGACAAUGAAGCGUGCUCAGUCAAGGGAACAUCUAACAAACUUCGGUUCUGAUCCGAGACCACAAAAGGAGGGAUUCAACGUCUUUAGUGGAAAACAGCUGGAGUCCGUAUUCAGGGAGCUGGUACACAAAGCCAGCACUGUGCUGAACAAGGAGCUGAACAGGUUUGAGAAGCUCCUGAGUCCAGAUUACCCAGCAUGCACUGAGGAAGAUGAGGAUGAGGAGUAUCUGCGGAGUGUCAGAAAGGGAGCGCUGAAGAUCACACUGCACUUCCUGGAGAGCAUGAACCAAAAAGAUCUCGCUAACGCACUGCGCAACAUGUCUCGGGCCUCAAAUCUCAAAUCCAGACUGAGGGAGAAGUGUAAAAGAAUUAAUGAAGGAAUCUCAGAGCAUGGAAGUUCAGCACUUCUGAAUGAGAUCUACACAGAUCUCCACAUCACAGAGGGGUGGAGUGGAGACGUCAAUAAUGAACAUGAGGUGAGACAGAUUGAGACAGCGUCCAGGAGACCAGCAGCACAGGAGACACCCAUCAAAUGUAACGAUCUCUUUAAAGACAAGUCCAUCAGAAGUGUGCUGACUGAAGGAGUUGCUGGAAUUGGAAAAACAGUCUCUGUGCAGAAGGUCAUUCUGGACUGGACUGAAGGAAAAGCAAAUCAGGACGUCAUCUUCAUGUUUCCACUUCCCUUUAGAAAGCUGAAUCUGAUGAAGCAGGAACAUCUCAGUCUGAUGGAGCUUCUUCAUCACUUUUUCCCUGAAAUUAGAAAACUACAAUUAAUAGACUCCUACAAAGUCCUGUUCAUCUUUGAUGGUCUGGAUGAGUGUCGACUUCCUCUGAAUUUCCAGAAGAAUGAGAGACUGUGUGAUGUGACAGAGUCAGCCUCAGUGGAUGUGCUGCUGACGAACCUCAUCAAGGGGAACCUGCUUCCCUCUGCUCUCCUCUGGAUAACCUCUCGACCAGGAGCAGCCAAUCAGAUCCCUCCUGAGUGUGUAGACCAGGUAACAGAGGUACGAGGGUUCAGUGACCCUCAGAAAGAGGAGUACUUCAGGAAGAGGAUCAGUGAUCGGAACCUGUCCAAUAAAAUCAUCAGACACAUGAAGUCUUCAAGAAGCCUCUACAUCAUGUGCCACAUCCCAGUCUUCUGCUGGAUCUCAGCCACUGUUCUAGAGAGAAUGUUGGGUGGAGCAGAGAGUGGACAGGUCCCCAAGACUCUGACUCAAAUGUUCACACACUUCCUGAUCUUUCAGAUCAAACACAAGGACCAACAGCACCAUCAGAAAUGUGACCCUGAUCCUCAGCAGACCAGAGAGAGUAUCCUGGCACUGGGAAAACUGGCUUUCCACCAGCUGGAGAAAGGAAACCUGAUCUUCUAUGAGGAAGACCUGAGAGAGUGUGGCAUUGAUGUGAGAGAAGCGUCAGUGUACUCAGGGGUGUGUACCCAAAUCUUCAGAGAGGAGUGUGGGCUUCACCUGGGGAAGGUGUUCAGCUUUGUACCGGAGUUUCUGGCUGCUUUAUACACGUUUCUCUCCUUCAUCAGCAGAAAUGUAACAGAACAAGAAACCACUGGUCUGUCUGAUCUUCUCAACAAGUCAGACAUGUCUGAUCUCCUCAGGAGUGCAGUGGACAAGGCCUUACAGAGUGAGAACGGACACCUGGACCUGUUCCUCCGCUUCCUUCUGGGUCUCUCACUGGAGUCCAAUCAGACUCUCUUACGAGGUUUAAUGCCUCAGACAGGAAGAAGCUCUCACAACAAACAGGAAACAGUCGAGUACAUCAAGGAGAAGAUCAGGGAGAACCCAUCUCCAGAGAAAUCCUUCAAUCUGUUCCACUGUCUGAAUGAACUGGGUGAUGAUUCUCUAGUGCGGGGAGUACAGAUUUACCUGAACAGAGGAGGUUACAGGUGUCUCAGUGGAGUCAGACUCUGUCCUGCUCAGUGGUCAGCUGUGGUGUUUGUGUUACUGAACUCAGGACAGGAGCUGGAUGAGUUUGAUUUGAGUAAAUAUGACCCAUCAGAGGAAUGUCUUCUGAAGCUGCUGCCAGUGGUCAAAGCCUCCAGAAGAGCGGAUCUGUACGACUGUAAUCUCACAGAGGAAAGCUGUAGAGCUCUAUCCUCAGUUCUCAGUUCAAACUCCUCCAGACUGACAGAACUGAACCUGGGUUCCAAUGAACUGCAGGAUUCGGGAGUGACGCUGCUCUCUGCUGGACUGGAGAACCCACACUGUACACUGGAGACACUGAGAUUGUUUAACUGUAAACUCACAGAGGAAAGCUGUAGAGUUCUGUCCACAGUUCUCACCUCAAACUCCUCCAGACUGACAGAACUGGAGCUGAAUAUCAAUAACCUGCAGGAUUCGGGAGUGACGCUGCUCUCUGCUGGACUGGAGAACCCACACUGUACACUGGAGAUACUGAGGUUGUCUCAAUGCCGUGUAACAUGUAAAGGUUUUGCUGCUCUGGCUUCAGCUCUGAGAUCAAACUCCUCCUCACAGCUGAGAGAACUGAACCUGGCCGGGAAUAAUCCAGGAGAUUCAGGAAUGAAGCUGCUCUCUGUUCUACUGAUGGAUUCACACUGUACACUGGAGAAACUAGAGUUGUCUGACUGCAAUAUUACCAGAGAUGGUUUUGCUGCUCUGGCUUCAGCUCUGAGAUCAAACUCCUCCUCACAGCUGAGAGAACUGAACCUGACCGGGAAUAAUCCAGGAGAUUCAGGAGUGAAGCUGCUCUCUGAUCUAAAGAAAUCUCCCCACUGUAAACUAGAGAAACUAGAGUGA